AUGGGGGACAUUAGCCAUCCUCCCAAUGUCUCCUUUCCUCCAGAACCACUUUAUCUGGGAUCUCUGACGACAUACUCUGGUAUUGGGCACUUGGGACCUGUUUUGGCUAGAAACUCACAUAUGUUACAUAGUAAUCAAAGAAGUAUAGCUCAAGAAGCGCAGCUAGCUGCAUACAUGGAUUCGAGCAGAGAAGCACAAAACACAGUCUAUAUGCCAAUGCGGUCUUUUGCUCCACGCGCCUUGGCUUCAAAGCCGUUAAUAGAAGCCUGCCCGUUUAAAGUAUCAGCCGCUGUGUAUAAGGAACUAGUCGAUUUAGAGGCUGUUAACACGGCAUGCUAUCCUGCACACCCAUUUGAGGCCUAUAAUAUAGAGUGCUACUACGCUGCGUCUAAGUUUCUUACGGCAGAAGUCUCCAACUAUCGCCACGUCCUUGUUUCUGUACAAACAGGGUCACCCCAAGCAGCAGCACAUACUUUUAGGUUUUCAGGCGUAGUCUGCAGCGUGCAUGUGGAUAGGCACCUUCUAGUGGUGCGUACAAUCUAUGAGAUAUAUGGAGUAAUCAUCUUUAGUGACAUAGAAAUGUGUGUACUACAAAGAAAGUUGUCGCACUACGGCUGUAAGGAUGUGGCUAAGCUCUUUUAUCAGGCUGCCAACGUUUACUUCUAUCCCGUGGUACACUAUGUUCGAAUGGAUCGGUCCAUCAGUCGCGUGGCAAUAAGCAGGGCAUGGGCGGAUGUCCCUGCUGUUUCCAGAGAGAUUGCUUUUUGCGUAGCACAUUGGGAUGGUACCGUCAGGGUGUUUGUCAGUAGUGACAAUUUGCUUGCAGCAGCAGUAGUCCAACGUAACGCAGAUAUGGAUGCAACUAAGGACCCCGCGCCUAGCUAUGGGCACUACUCGACUGUCGCUAUGGUUGCAGAGUUAGCUCUGCCGAGAAUACAGCCCUAUUCGUCAUCAGCAACGCCAUUGGGAUAUAUCCCAGUGCUACCACCGGAACCACUAGUGCUAUUCUCCGGAGUCUAUCCAGACAGAGUUUAUGUUGCCUAUGGAGACAGGCUCUUCUUCUCAACAGUUCCAAUAGCUGCUAACAUCCUCACAAGCAGCGCAAUGCACAAAUCUAAAAAGCUUGGUAACAGCUUCGUAGACUGCUCAAAGCAGGCGAGACCAAAACCUGCAUUUUCUAAUGCUAGGGAGUGCUUCUGUGAAGUUGGAGAUAGAACCUCCUUCACUGCCCUCCAAUAUUGCCGAAACAACCACAUCCUUGUUGCAGACGCAGAUUUUUUGUGGGUGUUUUCGGAGAGGAACCUCGUUGAGCCACUCAUCAGACUCCGGCAUUCGCUAAAUAAAAGUGCCCCGGUUCGUGCUAUUCAUAGCCUCCCUCUAACCCCAAAUGAGUCCAUCCAAGAGCCAACACUUCCGUUCCUUCGUAUCAAUAAGACUGAUACCACUGUGGAAACUUUUUCCGGAGUCAAUGUCACAAGGUCUUUGGAGCUAGUCUUGCUGCUAACCGCUGCACAGGUAGCAUCGCUGGUGAUUGGCAUAAACAAUGAUGUCGCUGGGAUAGUGUUUUCACCGCCAUACCUACUUAUGCAAGCGCCUGUCCGGAGCAUGAGGCUAUGGCGGACGCCAAUGAUAAUGAAGGUUGAGAGUGAAAUGCUCCAUCUCCGGGCACUUACACCCCAUGGCGCUCUACUUGGUAGUCUAGAUCUUCGGGGAUAUAAUUACAUAACAGGCGUAUUCAUUAACUUCAAACCCACUGGGCCCAAGAGAAGGUCAGCUGUGACCUGUACUGCAACCACACACCACAACUCUAGAGCUUACAGAGAGGAAGAUGUUGCGUCGCUGAUGGCAACUCUUGCAAGUUACUAUCCACUGCCACAGAUGUCAGAGUCGGCCAAAGCAUCAGCCGAAGGAAUCGGUGUGUUUAUUACUAAGAAGGAUAAGCUUCUUGAUUGUUUUGCUACCAAAAGGAACCCAGAUCUAGAUACACCUGAAUACGCCAGGUUCAGUGCAGAGAUAACUCUUGUAUUUUUAUCUGGCGAGAAAGUUGUUAUAGAUUGGUCUGCUCAGGGAAGCAAAGAUCUGGGUGGCCUUCUGACGUAUCCCAUAAAUGAACUUAUAGAAAAUCAAGGGGACGCUUCCUUGCUAUCAUACGAGAAGGUGAUUAAUCUUCUUCAGACACAAAGAGGAGAUAGCAUUCAGGCUGACCUGAAUGAUGAUGCAGAGGUGAACAGUAAGCCUCCCUCAUUGGGCAUCACAUGCGUCUACAUACAGAGUCAUGCAGAGAAGAUCCUCUCAUGGGUUAACGACAUGUCUAGCCCUUACUUGCAAGCUCAUGCUCAUGCCCUCCUAUCUCGAUUGACUCGAUUGAUAGAUUCACAGCGUCCAUGCAUCCCACUUAGAUAUCUUCAAAAGCUUUCCCUUGGAAGUAAUCUCAUUGGCAAUACAGUUUCUCCAGAAAAAGAGCCCUGCUUCAAAAGACUCAUAGAUUCGAAUGAAUGGUCAGAGGGAAUCAUCAGGUCACUCUUUCCAACACAACUAUUUGACCAUCUUGCUGACGCACCUGAUCUGCCAAAUAGACUCUCAGAACAGGCCACCCUUCCGUCCUCAGAGGCAGGGGCGGAGUUGGUGCGUCAGUGGAGAGAGGCUGAGCAGCCAAAUAUAGCCCAGCUGUUCAAGGCGCGAGAUGACACUGUUGUUUCUGCCCCUUUGCUUACAGAUUCGCCAGCGUCAUUACCCAUGAUAGUACCCACCCCUGGUGACGAUACCUUAGAGGAGACUAAGGUUCACACACAGAACAUUGACUACCUAGUUGGCCUAAUGAAAGCGGUGUCCUAG